AUGAGUGAAGGCGACACAGUUCAGAGCGAGCAGCAUACGUGGCGCGUCGUGAAACUGCUUGGUUCUGGUGGAUUCGGAGACGUCUAUAAGGUCGUGAAGCACAAUGAAGCCGACAAAACGGAGUCUGCCAUGAAAACAGAGAUGGUGAUCGGUGAUCGAAGAAUGUUGCGAUUAAAGAUCGAAGUGCUGGUAUUAAUGAAGUGCCAUGAACAGACCGAUCCCAACUGUAAACAACAUUUUGUGCCAUUCGUGGAUAGAGGGAAGACGGCGAAGUUUAAAUUUCUUGUAAUGGGUCUUGUCUGGAAGUCUUUAGAAGAUAUUCGAAGAGAUAUACUCGGUCACAAUUAUAGCAGAUCAACC